AUGGCGCCCAUUGGAAUCAUUACUGCCAUCGUAUCAACAAUUCGCGUUUGUGGUCAUUCCACUCUUCGCGCCUUUAUUGGUCGGUCUCAAGAAGGCGAUGGAGUUGUGGAAGCAGAGCUAUGUACAUCUACCAGCCGAGAUGUUUGUGAGCUAUUCAAUAAGGGUGGUAUCACCCGUGUCCUCGGCCGGCCACAAAUCUUGGAACUAAUCUACAUUUAUAACCCUGACCAAAGUGAUGAGUUGCAGAUCUUUUGUCACUAUCUCGAAGACUUGAAGGAUCCGGAGACAUCCGAAUGGACAAGAGUUCAACGGCAUGCAUCAGAUGGCUCGUUUUCAACCCAUACGCAGUUUGCGCCGAAGCCUAAUCUCUCGCUAAAUGUUGGCAUCAGAAGCCGGCCUGAUUGGGUGUUUGUCUUGAUUGCUAUCCUUGGAUGCCUACUUCAAGGUGGAGUUGUCGCCCUAGCUGGAGUUGGUGUUUGGAUUCUUGGGUGGAAUCUUAGCGACUCUAGAUCGUCCGACUCAACGAAUUAUGCUCCAAUCAUGUUUAUUACUGGCACUAUCGUUAUGUGCGGUGCCGUCUUCUAUGGUUGCAACCCGGGCGUCAAGUCAUCGGCGACCAAACCUUUGACGCUUUCGCGCAUUUAG